AUGAACAUCCUGGAAGGCCCCGUCCCCGUCACGCCAGCCAUCCAGCCAGCGUUCACCGUGACCGACGAGGACGCCGGCGAAACCCAUACCUUCGCCAUGGGUACCGGCACAUACGACUCCUUUUUCACGAUCAAUUCUGGGACGGGGGCACUCCAAAACAUCAAAGAAAUCGACUUUGAUGCCGGCCUAACGCAAGUACCUGUCACGGUCAUCGUCACAGACAAGGGAGGGGACACAGCGACGACAACCGUUAACGUCAACGUUGCCGACUUCAACGACAACGACCCCGAGUACGCAAUUACCAAUACAAACUUGUUCAUCAGUCCGAAGACUCCGGUGGGCACUAUUGGUCAGGUGACGGCAACCGACAAGGACACUGGUGUCAACGCUGCGCUGACCUACUCCCUCCAGGCGGACAACUCCGGGGGAAGGUUCCUCGUGCAACCUGACGGGUCAGUGUAUUUACAGACAGUCGUGACUGAGGCCCAGCGUAACGACAUCUACACCCUGACAGUGAGAGCCACGGACGGUGGCACCCCUCCCAGAAACGCUGAUACUACCGUCACUGUGCAGUUUGUAAGUAAAUAA